AUGUUGCGACUUCUGACGCGGCCGACUGUGCCGCUUGGCUGCCUGCGCGGCUGCCCUCUCCGACGCAGCAGAAGCAGCAGCAGCGCCGCGGCACGCAAGGUCUCGGACCCCCUGAGGAUCCUGUUCUGCGGCUCCGACGCGUUCAGCUGCGAGUCCUUGCGCGCCUUGCACCGCGAACAUGUGCGCAACAGGGCGCUGGUCGAGGCCCUGCAUGUCAUGGUGCUGCCGGGGAGGCGGACGGGCAGAGGGCUGAAGCGGCUUCGCGAGGUGCCGUGCAAGGACCUGGCGCGCGAGUUGGGGCUGCCGGUUCACCAGCGUGAAACCUUUACGAAAUGGGACUUACCCCGCGGGAUAAACCUCGUCGUUGUCGUCUCGUUUGGCCUCUUUGUCCCCGGGAGGAUAUUGAGAUGCGCCAAAUACGGAGGCCUGAAUGUGCACCCGUCCUUGCUGCCAGACUUACGCGGGCCGGCGCCGGUUCACCACGCCGUGCUCCGGGGCGACACCCACCUGGGCGUCUCGCUCCAAACGCUGGACGACGCGGCCUUUGACCACGGGACCGUUCUCGCCCAGACGCCCUGGCCCGGCAUACCGAUACCGCCCGACGCCUCGUUCGAGCAGGUCCUGCGCAGCGCGGCCGCGAGGGGGGCCGACAUGCUGGUCGAGGGACUGCGCGACGGCGUGCAUGUGCCCCCCCACCGGGACGCGGGCUGGCGAGCCGCGCAGCUCGCCGGCAAACCCCUCGACCAUGCGCCCAAGGUGACCAAGGCCGACGGGCAGGUCGCCUGGUCGAGCUGGGCCGGGGACCAGUUCGUCCGCCGGGUGCGCGUGCUCGGGUCGGUGUGGACCGAGCUCGUCAGCGACACGGGCGCCGCGCGACGCGUCCUCUUCCUGGACGCGCGGGCGGUCGAGGCCGGGGGGGCGACGGCGGGAGGCGCCAGGGGCAAGGUGGUCUGCGAGGAGGCGGCGACUACCGCGGAAGCUGGUGGACGGGUCGAGAGGGACGUGGUGGUGGACGGGGAGGGGGUGCUUGUGAACGUCGACGGGGCGGCGGCGUGGGUGCGAGUCACCAGGGUCAAGGUGGAGGGGAAGCCGGAGCGACCGGCUGCCAUGGCGUUGAAGAGCUUCAUCCGAGGGUGA